UCUUGUUUGGAAUCUGACAAAGGUUUUACAAUGGAGGCAAAGCUCAUCAGACAUCAGACGGUUCUCAAUGCAGAGAAGCCAUAUCAGUGUUCUGAAUGUGAUAAAGCUUUUAUAUGGAAGUCACAUCUUAUUUCACACGAGAGGGUUCACACUGGAGAGAGGCCGUAUCAGUGUUUUGAAUGUGACAAAGCUUUUAAAACAAAAACACAACUUAUUGUACACCAGAUGAUUCACACUGGAGAGAGGCCGCAUCAGUGUUCUGAAUGUGACAAAGCUUUUAAAAAAAAAGGACAUCUUAUUGUACACCAGAAGAGGCUUCAUAGUGGAGAUAAGCCAUAUGAAUGUUCUGAAUGUGGCAAAGUUUUUAAAAGAAAAGCACAUAUUAUUGUACACCAGAGGACUCACACUGGAGAGAGGCCAUAUGAAUGUUCUGAAUGUGGCAAAGCUUUUAAAACAAAAACACAUCUUAUUGUACACCAGAGGAUUCACACUGGAGAGAGGCCAUAUGAAUGUUCUGAAUGUGGCAAAACUUUUGGAGAGAAGACAAUACUAAUCGCACACCAGAGGAUUCACACUGGAGAGAAGCCAUAUGAAUGUUCUGAAUGUGGCAAAGCUUUUAGAGAGAAGACAAAACUAAUCGCACACCAGAGGGAUCACACUAGAGAGAGGCCAUAUGAAUGUUCUGAAUGUGACAAAGCUUUUAAAACAAAAACACAUCUUAUUGCACACCAGAGGGUUCACACUGGAGAGAGGCCAUAUGAAUGUUCUGAAUGUGGCAAAGCUUUUAAAACAAAAACACAUCUUAAUGGACACCAGAUGAUUCACACUGAAGAGAGGCCAUAUGAAUGUUCUGAAUGUGGCAAAGCUUUUAAAACAAAAACACAACUUAUUGCACACCAGAGGGAUCACACUGGAGAGAAGCCAUAUUAG